ACUAAGUCACUAACGCACCAGAACAAUUUCCCAUCUAAUUAAUGAUCUUUUUAAGUUAGGUGAAAUGCUACACUGAACAUCAUAAGAAUACACCAUGCCCCCUUAUUCUGAUCGAUCAUAAAUAGUGGCAUCUCAACCUUCAAUUAUCCAUCUCAUUUAAUUUCACUUCCCAGCUUCCAUGGCUGCCUCAAACUCUCACAACGCUGCAAUCCUCACACCACCAGGAAUGGGACACAUGAUCCCUUCUCUAGAGCUUGCAAAGCGCCUAGUCACUCACCAAAUUGUUCCCAAAGUCACCAUCUUUCUUGCUUCCAUUAAAACCUCUGUUCCAUCUAAAGCAGAGACACAGCUUCUCCAAUCUGCCACAAAUGAUAACCUCUUCCAAAUCAUCCAUCUCCCACCACUUGACAUGACCAAUCUAGUUGGCCCCGACGCCACAAUAGAAACCCAGGUAGCAGCCAUAACGCAUGAACUCCCUCCACUUUUUCUCUCCGCGAUCUCCACCACGGAACAUAACCCCACCAUCCUCAUCAUUGACCAGGUCCUAAGCAACAUUUUACCUCUGGUCGAGAAUCUCAAAGUGCCCAAGUUCAUUUUUGUUUCAUCAAACGCAUGGCUCCUUGCAUUAUCUCUUCACACUCCUAUUUUAGAUAAAGAGCUGCAAGGAGAGUACACGGAUCAAAGCGAACCAAUCUCAAUCCCUGGUUGUAAAUCAGUACAUCCUGACGAUGUGUUCCAAUUGUUACGAGACAGGACACACAAGGUGUAUCGUGAAUAUCUCAGCACAUGUGAGGGGUUGGCGCUGGCGGAUGCGAUCCUUGUGAACACAUUUAACGAGCUAGAACCGAAAACACUAGCAGCACUCAGCAGUGGAAAAGUCACCAAGGUGCCGGUAUACCCAGUUGGGCUAAUAGUCAGGGAAGAAAUUAGAAGACAAGAUGGAAGCGAUGUUUUCGAGUGGCUAGAUAAACAAGAAGAAGAAUCUGUGGUGUAUAUUUCGCUAGGGAGCGGAUACAGAAUGUCUCAGGAGCAAAUCAAAGAGAUGGCUUUGGGUUUGGAGCUAAGUGGGCAAAGAUUCGUUUGGUCUCUGCGCACACAUGCAGCCACAAAAGCUGGGGAUGCCAUUGCCAACUAUUUCACAGCGGGUAAAGAAACCCAAGCUGAAACUGGUGGUGGUGUGUCAAAAUCUGAAGAGUUAAAUUCUUUACCAGAUGAGUUCUACCGCAUACAAACUAGAGGCAUGGUGAUAACAGAUUGGGCACCGCAAUUGGAUAUUCUGAAGCACCCGUCUGUUGGUGGGUUUGUGAGUCACUGUGGAUGGAACUCCGUGAUGGAAAGUGUUUCGUGUGGGGUGCCGAUAGUUGGAUGGCCGCUCUAUGCGGAGCAAGGGAUGAACGCUGCAAUGCUGGCUGAGGAAAUUGGCAUCGCGGUUCGAUUGGAGUUGCCACUUUCUACCAAUGUGGUUGGAAGGGAGGAUCUGGCAAAAGCAAUAAGGAAAGUUAUGGAUAAAGAGGACGAAGAAGGGUGUGAAAUGAGGAAAAAAGUUAAGGAGCUCAAGGAGGCAGCAAAGAGGGCUUGGUCUGAAGAUGGUUCAUCCUAUCUUGCACUUUCAAGAAUCAGUCAGGCAAAUGGUGCGUUAUGAACAGAGUCAAUUGUUCUCUCUUCAACAUCUUUUUGCCUUACGAUAUCUAAGACCCAAUAAAAAAUCUUAUUUAUUGGAGAAUGCUCAAUCAGUUUCAAUUAUUUCAUCUUCAAGGCUCAAUGCCUUGUUUCAUAGAAAAGCUAGGUAGUAGCUCAUCCCAAUAUGUUCCCUGAUAAACAAAACUGCAAUAUUACCACUACACAACCUCCUUUCCUACCUCAAUUGAGUGAUAUAUAAUAUAUAAUGCUUCAUGUUGCGAUA